AUGCCUGUAAAAAUUAUUUAUAUAUAAAAUAAUUAAUAUAAAAUUAAUGUUAUAGGUCCUAACAAAUUGUUCCCAGUCAGAAUGUUCGUGAAAGUUACAACUUUAAGUCUUGGAUUAAUUUUAGUUAUAUAUAAGUAAGUUUUUAUUUAAUUAGCAUCAAAUGUUCAUAAUUAAAUUAAACAUAAGAGGAUGAAGAUUUAAAAUAGAAAUUUGAUUAAUUGAAAUAAGCAUUAGCAGAUAUUCAAUUUGCAUCAUCAGAUAAAAA